AUGAGCAAAUCUACUCGAAAAAAGCACAAAAUCCAAGAAGAGAAAGAAGGAGAAGAGCCGACGAGGAAAAAAUCGAAGAGUGAAAAUUCCGAAGAGCCAGAAGACGUGACGGAUUCAGACUAUAAUGACUCAGGCUCCUCCGACGACCCGAACGCUCAAGUUAUCAAGCUGCUUCUCGCAAACGACACUCUGAAUAAUGAGAAUUCAGAAUUGAAAAUGAGAAUCCAGCAACUAGAAGAGGCUCUCCGGAAUCGGCCAUCGAUCGAUAUUGGGAAUAAGGUGGAGGAGAUGGAUAAUUGGAUUAAGAAGCUGGAGAAAAUCCACGACGAAGAUAUCGAUUUGUUGAAAAAAUCGAUAAGCGAUUUGGCCGGAAAAAUCGAUGGAAAAAUCGAUAAUUUGAGUCAAAAUGUCGAUAAUUUGAGCCAAAAAAACGAGAAAGUGGAGAAAAAUCAGCAGAAAAAACUGGAUAAAAUGGCUCGAAACAUCGAGCAAAACGAGAAGGAUCUUCAAAAAUUCAGACAGAAAAUUCAGGCGAAAAUCGAUAAAUCGAUGAAGGCGGAGAACGAAAAGUCCAUGAAGCACAUGAACGAGAAAUUCGAAAAAUUUCGGAAACAAAUUUCCGCAAAAAUCGAAAAAUCCGCCAAAAAUGAGGAGCAGGAUGGCCAGAAAAAGCUGCGCAGAGGACGUCCCAGAUGCCCACCGAAGUCGAAAAUCGCUGGAAGAAAUCGAUGGGAUCGUUAA